AUAGACUAUAAAAGACCAUCUUUCUUCUCACUUCUCCGGUUCUCCCUGUGUUUCCCUCUCGAGUCCAGCCAAAGUCCGCCUCCUCCACCACCACCUCCACCUCCACCUCCGGCCGAAGUCCCCGCAGCCAACCGCCUAAAAACACGUGAACCUCGAACCCCGGAACCAUCAGGAAUCAUAGUAUUCUUGCCGUUAAACUGAAACUGCUUUUUGAUUUUUAGAUUUUUUUAAUCUUUCCUCUCACGCUAUUUGCACCCCGAGAUCACACCUAUAAGCACCAAAAGCUUGGAUUCGCAGAAAGUGCUUUUCCGCGUGAUUCCCAGCUCCUCAACGGCUUUUCUCUUCAGCAGAUCUUGCUCGGGCAAUACGAGAUCAGCUAUUGCUUUCUACUUGCAGUUCAUUUUUCCGUGAAUGUAUAGUCAGAAGCUUGUAAAUAAAAUGGGAAUCCUUUCACGCAGUGCGGGUGGUAGGAAACCAAAUGAGACUAUGAGGCUUAUUGUGACAACUUUUGUAGGAGUAGUUUUUGGGUUCUUGAUAGGUGCAUCCUUUCCAACAUUGUCACUAACAAAGCUGAAUCUCUCAUCCAGCCUUCGUCCAACUAUUGAUCUGUCAUACAACGAGGAUCUGAAAUCAGACAUCUCCAGCCAAGCACUUCUAAGUUCUUGGUCUUCUGCAAGGAGUAAAAAUAGCACAAGUCAAGAUCAGAGUUCAAAUGGCACAUUGAGGAUUUGGGUGCCAUCAAAUCCCAGAGGUGCAGAAAUGCUACCACCAGGAAUUGUUGCAGCCGAGUCAGACUUCUACUUGCGCAGAUUAUGGGGCAAUCCUAGUGAGGACGUGACCAUCAAACCAAGGUACCUUGUGACAUUCACUGUGGGUUUGAAUCAGAAAAGGAAUAUCGAUGCAGCAGUGAAAAAGUUUUCAGAGAACUUUACGAUUCUCCUUUUUCAUUAUGAUGGCCAAACAACUGAGUGGGAUGACCUGGAGUGGUCUAAGCGUGCUAUACAUGUUAGUGUUCGUAAGCAGACUAAAUGGUGGUAUGCCAAGCGGUUUUUGCAUCCUGACAUUGUGGCCCCAUACGACUACAUAUUUAUCUGGGAUGAAGACCUGGGAGUAGAGCAUUUUAAUUCAGAAGAAUACAUUAGACUAGUGAGGAAGCAUGGUUUGGAGAUUUCACAGCCUGGUUUGGAACCCAACAAAGGUUUAACAUGGCAGAUGACAAAGAGGAGAGGCGAUCGUGAAGUUCACAAACAAACAGAGGAGAAACCGGGCUGGUGCACUGACCCACUUCUGCCUCCAUGUGCAGCCUUUAUUGAAAUCAUGGCUCCAGUAUUUUCUCGUAGUGCCUGGCGCUGUGUGUGGCAUAUGAUUCAGAAUGACUUGGUCCACGGCUGGGGUCUUGACUUUGCCCUGAGAAAAUGUGUAGAGCCUGCGCAUGAUAAGAUCGGCGUUGUAGAUUCUCAGUGGAUCGUUCAUCAAACUGUUCCUUCAUUGGGGAGCCAGGGUGAAUCAGAAAAUGGAAAGGCGCCAUGGCAAGGGGUAAGGGAAAGGUGCAGAAAGGAAUGGACGAUGUUUCAGAAGCGAGUAUCAAAUGCAGAAAAUGCCUACUUCAAGGCUAUCGGGGUAGAUCCCUCAACUUCAAAGGCCCAUUAGGGGAAACAGCAGCGAUGACAGCGGUACUCUACACAAUCGAUGAGUCCGGACCACCAUGUCGAUUAGUGUUUUACAUAAAUUUGUAAAAUCCGUUCCGAUUUGUGAAAUUCAUUAAUUGACCAAAUCACAGAAUUAGGUCCUUGAGUAAAAACACAGCGUUGAUUAAAUCGUCCUUCAGAAUUUCAGUGCUUUGGUGACAACUCCUCUGACUCGGUGUAACAUAUUCUUAUUAGGAUUCAUAUCAUUACUACUGUAUGAGAUAUUGUGCUUGUUAAACGUAUACUAGAUACCAAUAAAUCGGAACUCGGAAGAGGUGAUCGAUUUUGCCAUUGCCGGAAAAACA